AUGAGAUCUCGUCGUACAACCUCUAACGUCAAAGGACCCAACUCGGCGUUAACUGAGUUCUUAAGACUGGAAGGUAUCACCGAUGCUUUUAGAAGAAGACGUGAAGCUGAAGGGACGACGACUCAGCCCCCAGAGGAGCCGUCUGUGUCUGCUGCGACUCCACCCCCCAGUGGUCACAGACAACGUCGUCAAACUAAAAGAAGACGCGAUCUUGAUUUAGAUCCAGACGAAGAAUUCAUCCCAGAACACGAUGACGACGACGAUGACGAUGCUGAUGCUGAUGUCUACUAUGACGACGACGACGUACAAGGAGUCAAAAUCUCGGGUGAAGAAGAUACCUGUGUUGAAUGUGGCACUACAUUCUAUUUGAACGUCUACCUGAGAUACCUCCAGCUGAAGAAAGGGUAUCUCUGUGACAUGUGUAACGAGGUUCUAAAGAGACAAGAACGAGCCAAGAAACGGAAUCAGGUCUCUGCUCGCCGGAAACGGAAGACGGUGGCUCUGGCGUUGCUCAACAAAAGACAAGUGUUGCUUCCCAAGUUGCAAGACAUCUGUAUUCACGAGAUCUCCAACAACAUUAACGAUGUCGAUGUCUUGGGCAACAUUGGAGAGACCAACUUGAACAAGAUAUCGCAGAUUUUGUCGAAGAAUCGCUCGUUGAAUAACAAGACCAUUGGGUUGUUUUUGGGUCCUCAUUGUAAGGCAUUGGAGUUUUGGGAUUGCUCUAAUGUUGAUUCGGAUUCCCUUAAUAAAAUCGGCUCCUUUUGUCCGUAUGUUGAGUCUUUAACCCUACACAUGUGCGGACAACUUCACAACGAUAAUAUGAAAUAUUUCAGUACCAAUUUACCUCAUUUGAAACAUCUUUCAUUGGACGGUCCCUUUUUGAUUAGCGAUUCAAUGUGGCAGGAGUUCUUUGAAACGGAGGUGGGGAAGAACUUGGUCUCAUUUGAAGUUAGAAAUACCCACAGAUUCGGUAACGAUUCCCUUAUUGGGCUAUUAGAGAAUUGCGGAUCCAAAUUGACUCUGCUUAAGUUGUCUCGCUUAGAUACGGUUGAUUCUGGUGAUGUAUGGUCAUUAUUGCCUCAUUAUUUGGGUGAAAGUACUUUAACUGAGUUGGAGAUCUCAUACCCUGUUAGGGAAGAACUUAUCACUGAUGACUUGAUAAUCAAUAUCUUAUCAGUAACUGGUGAUACUUUGGAGUAUUUGAACUUGACCGGUUGCUCCAAUUUAACUGAUAAGUUAUUGAGUGAUGGCAUAACUAAGUUCUGUCCACUAUUAAGAGUAUUAAUCUUAGACUCUUUGGAUCAAUUAACUGAUGAAGGUUUCGCUAAUGCUAUGGGAAGCUAUAGUACAAUUAACCAAGGUGGGUUAACCAAAGUUCUGCUUUCAAAUUGUGUGGGCUUAGGUGAUAAUGCCCUCUAUGCUUUAUUCCAACACUCAGGUUCAACAUUAAUUGAAUUGAACACUAAUUCCAUCCAUAAUCUUUCAAAAGAGUCGCUCCUACAAAUGUUUACCGAUGAUCUACAUCCUUCUAAAGUCGAACAGCAACAGCAACAGGAACAGAAUUCCAUUUCUUAUUUCCCUCAAGUACAUCUACUAUUACUUACUACGUGGGAUAUUGGGUUUGUUCGGUCUGUGGAUGAUGAAGUGGUUAAGGCUAUCUCCGAUCAUUGUACGAAGCUUCAAAUCUUGGAAGUUUAUGGGAAUAACAGAUGUUCAUCCAGAGUACUAGUACGUGAAGGUCUUCUUUUGUUAGGACGUCAAAGUGAUAGUAUUUAA